AUGUUUACAAUGCCACCGCCACUGCCGUCACCUGCGCCACUGCUGCAAUCACCUGCCACCACCACACUGCCACUACCGUCGCCUGCCACCGCUACUGCACACCACUCAAAGCCUACCACCGACACUUCUGCCACUGCAAAUGCCUGCACCGCCGCUGCCGCUACUGCCACUGCCAUCGCCUGCCGCCACCGCUGCUGCCCUGCCAUCGCCUGCCGCCGCCACCGCUGCCACUGCACAUCGCCUGCCACCGCCACUACUGCCACUGUCACCUACCACCACCGCCGUCACCUACCACCAUCUGCUGCUCCACUGCAAAUCGCCGCCACCACCGCUGCUGCCGCAAAUCUCAUACCACCGCCGCCGCUACUAUACUUUAUCAUCGCCUGCCACUGCGUCGCCUGCCGCAUCGCACUGCCGCUGCCGUCGCCUGCCACCACCACUGCUGCCACUGCACAGUCGCACCACCGCCACCGCACUGCUGCCACUGCCAUCGCCUGCAGCACCACUGCUGCCACCGCCAUCGCCUGCCGCCAGCACUGCUGCCACUGCCAUCGCCUGCCACCACCACUGCUGCCACUGCCGUCGCCUGCCACAGCCGCUGCUGCCACUGCAAAUCACCCCUGCCACCGUCGCCUCACUGCUGCUACCGCUGCAAUCACUGCCACCGCACUACUGCCGCCGCAUCGCCUGCCGCCACCAGUUACACUACUGCCUGCGUCAGCCUGCCGCCGCCGCUGCCGCCGUUGCCGUUGCCUGCCGCUGCCACUGCUGCCACUGCCGUCACCGCCGCCACCGCCACCACUGCCUGCAUCGCCUGCCAUAGACGCUCUGCCGCUGCCAAUCACCUGCCACUGCCGCUACCGUCGCCCGCCGCCGCCGCCACCACUGCCACUGCUGCAAAUGCGCUACCCAAAAGCCGCCAUACUGCCACUGCCGUCUGCCUGCCACUGCCACUGCUACCACUGCCAUCGCCUACCACCAGCACUGCUGCCACUGCCGUCGCCUGCCGCCCGCCACUGCACCAUCACCUGCCACCGCCCCUACCAUCACCUACCACCACACUGCUACCGUGCAAAUCGCCUGCCACCGCCACUGCUGCCACCGUCGCCUGCCGCCACCGCUACUACUUUUGCCGUCGCCUGCCGCCAGCCACUGCUGCCGCUGCCGUCGCCUGCCGCCGCCGCCGCUGCCGCAUGCCGUCGCCUCUGCCGCCGCUGCUGCCGCCGCUGCCGUCGCCUGCCGCCGCCCCGCCGCUGCCAUCGCCUGCCGCAGCCGCUGCCUGCCGUCGCCUGCUGCCACUGCAAAUCGCCUGCCGCCGCCACCGCCGCACUGCCGCUGCUGCCUAACACCGCACCGCUGCUGCCGCUGCCGUCGCCUGCCGCUGCCGCUGCUGCCGCUCAAAUCGCCUGCACCGCCGUCACUGCUGCCGCUGCCGUCACCUGCCACCGCCGCCGCUGCCGUCACCUGCACCGCCUGCUGCCACACCUGCCACCAUCACUGCUGCCAUUGCACCGUCUCCCGCCACUGCUGCCACUGCACGCCACGCCACCACUGCACCACUGCAUCGCCUGCCACUGCCGCUGCGUCACCCUGCCGCCACCGCCACCGCUGCCACUGCCGCAUCGCCUGCCGCCGCCACUGCUGCCGCUGCACAAUCGCCUGCCACUGCCACUGCUGCCGCUGCCGUCUGCACCAGCACUGCUGCCGCUGACAUCACCUGCCGCCGCCGCUGCUGCAAAUCGCCUGCCGCCGCCACGUGCCAUCGCCUGCCGCCGCCACUGCUGCCGCUGCCGUCGCCUGCCGCCACCUGCUGCCGCUGCCGCCUUACUGCCGCCGCCACUGCUGCCGCUGCAGUCGCUCCGCCGCCACUGCUGCCCACGCCGUCACCUGCCUGCCACUGCCGCACCAUCUCCUGCACCCACUUUCUUCUGCCACUGCCGUCACCUACCGCACGACCAGCACUGCCAUCACACACCACCACUGCUAGCCACGCCGUCUCUGCCGCACCACACUACCACCACCGCACCCAACCACCACUGCUGCAAUUGCAAAUCACCUGCCACUGCCGUCACCUGCCACCGCCACUCACCACCGCCGUCGCCUGCCGCCGCGCCAACCCUACCGCUGCCGUCGCCUGCCGCCACCGCUACUGCCGCUGCCGUCGCCUGCCGCCACCACUGCUGCCACAGUCGCUCGCAGGCCUGCCACUGCCGUCGCCUGCCGCCGACACUGCUGCUGCUGCAAGCUCCUUACCUACCACGCCUCGCCACUGCCGUCGCCUGCCGCCGCCACCGCCACUACUCCGCCGCUGCCAUGCCUGCCACCGCCACUGCUGCCACUACUGCUCGCAUACACGCCACCACCGCCGCAACUGCCGUCACCUGCCAAACCACCGCCACGCAAACGCCUGCCGCCACCACUGCCGUCACCUGCCACCGCCACUGCUGCCGAUGCCAUCUCCACCACCGCCGCUACUGCCCAAACUAG